AUGCAAACUAUUAAAUGCGUUAUAGUCGGUGAUGGCACAGUUGGAAAAACAUGUAUGCUUAUCACAUACGCAUCGAAUAAAUUUCCGACAACCUAUGUUCCAACAGUGUUUGAUAAUUAUGCUGUUACAGUAAACAUUGAUGGUCAACCACACUCACUGGGUCUGUUUGAUACGGCCGGUCAGGAAGAGUUCGAUCGUCUCCGUCCAUUAAGUUACAACUCGACGGAUGUUUUCCUAGUUUGUUUCAGUGUCGUAUCACCGACAUCGUUUAGCAACGUCCGUGAAAAAUGGGCACCUGAAGUAGAACAUUAUUGUCCAAAGGUUCCAUAUAUACUUGUCGGAACACAAAUCGAUCUCCGCGAUGAUGCAGCAACCAUUGCGAAAUUACAAAAAUCCAAUGAGAAGCCCAUCUCACCAAAACAAGGUCAGAAACUGGCACAAACCAUCAAAGCUGCACAAUAUCUUGAGUGUAGUGCACUCACACAGCAAGGAUUGAAAAAUGUUUUCGACGAAGCAAUUAUGACUACGCUGAAAAGAAAGAAACAAAAAGCCGUAAAAGAACCCGGCUCAUGUUGUUUACUAUGA